GGUAAUUUUCGGAAAGCAAAAUCUCAACGGCGUCGUGUAGUUGGCGGGCCGACGUUUUCCUCUGCUUGCUCCUGCCGUUUCUGCUUAGCGCGGGGGGUCUCGCUUCCUUCGACAUCGACGGAGAGCAGGGAAAUAGUCAAUGCAGAGAAGCUCGGCUAGGUCGGAAAUCGGAAUCGGAAUCGGAAUCGGAAUCGGAAUCGGAAUCGGAAUCGAGAAGCUGAGCGACGAGAAGUACACGGUGGCUUGGAAAUGCGAUUCCUAUUCUGCACCAUUUCCGAAACCAAGUCGUGGAUCUUCUCGUGAGCUCUGAAUCGAGGUACAAUCCUUUCUCAUUGUCUUCUUCCCUUCAUUUUGCUGCUUGGAGUAAGUAAUUAAGCAAGAGUUGUUGCUGUUCUGAUUGAGUAGCUUUGAUCAAUUGGAGGAUCGUUAUUCGUUAAUGAAAUGCUGAAUUGCUGAUAGUUCCUCACCCGAACUGUCUUAUGAUGUGGUUAGAGGGCAAACAAGGUCCGAGUGUAGAAAUUCUCCUGUUGAGGGUCAUUCAGAGACUCAUUUGUGGGAUUAAAGUUACCUUAUGUCGCUGAUUCGUAAAAAAGUUUGGUUUUUGGAAGAUCUAGAACUCCUGUGUUCAGUUAUCCUUGCUCAUUGGUGAAGGUAGAAUAUCUUCGUUUCGGUAAUUUGAGGCUGAUUAGGUUUUACUUUGAGGAGCAUAUGCAUUGGCAUAGCACGUUUCAGGGAAUUGGUGAUGUCUGUUUGUAGACGGAUAAGCUGCUGUUGGUUAGCUUCUGUUCCUAGCUUAGAUUAUAAGUGUGGAUUCAAGGUGGUUUUGUUAGCUCUAAUCUAUGGUAGAAGAUAUGCUUGAACAUUUUCCUCCUUCCAGUUGAAGGAAAAGUUCAACUAAAAAGCCUCAAAUUUUAUAUAAAAUGUCAACGGGAGUGAAUUAUCUGUUAAUCCUUCUUACUUCACCUCAUUAUUAGUUAUUACCAGUCCAUAGCGUAUUUUCUGAUCUGGGGUGAACGUUCGUUUUUUUAAACCAGAUGUUUUGACUAUGUUACAAAAGAACUUGUAAAGAUCAAUUACCAUUAAGAUAUAUUACUAGUACAAUAUCUAAGAUCUAACCCCUUUGGGAAUGAUAUACUGUGCUCGUCUGCAGACCAUUUCUAUCAAAUGGAAGGAGUAAGGGAUUCUGUUGUCAAGAAAUCUAAAAGAUUGACAUCUGUUGUAUGGAAUCACUUUGAACGGGUAAGGAAGGCUGACACAUGCUAUGCUGUUUGUGUGCAUUGUAACAAGAAACUUAGUGGAUCAAGUAAUAGCGGAACUACGCAUCUCAGAAAUCACUUAAUGCGAUGUUUGAAGAGAUCCAAUUAUGAUGUAACACACCUAUUUGAGGCAAAGAGAAGGAAAAAGGAACCCUUGUUUGCUGUUACAGAUGUCAAUCCGGUGGUACAAAGACCGGAUGCAUACAUCAACACUCCAGUAGUAAAGUUCGAUCAGGAGCUAAGAAAACACGGAGUUCUGAACGUGGGAAGUAGUAGUAGGUUCAGUCAACAGCGUAGUCAGCUUGAUCUUACCUGCAUGAUUCUAUUACAUGGUUACCCGUUGACCAUGAUUGACCAUUCCGGAUUCAGAGUUUUUUUGAAGAAUCUUCAGCCUUUGUUUGAGGCUGUACCAAAUGCUUCUGUUGAAUCCUCUUGCGUGCAAAUCUAUGAGAAAGAGAAGCAUAGAGUGCGUGAAAUGUUAAGCAGAUUGAAUGGCAGAAUAAACCUUGCAGUUGAAAAGUGGAGUUGUCCGGACAAUAAUCAAUACUUGUGUUUGACAGCACAGUUCAUUGAUGAGAUUUGGAAACUGCAGAGGAAAGUUCUAAACUUUGUGACUUUAGAAACCUCUCAGACCGAAGAUAUGCUUUCUGAAGUGAUUAUUAAGUGCCUGUUGGAGUGGGGUAUUGAGUGCAAGUUGUUUGCUAUGACAUUUGAUGAUUGCUCCAUAGAUGAUCAUAUUAUUGUGAGAAUAAAGAACCGGAUUUCUGAAACCAGGCCCCUUUUGAGUAAUGGCCGACUAUUCGAUAUCAGGUCUGCUGCUCAUGUAGUAAAUUUGAUGGUUCAAGACGCCAUAGAAGCACUAGGAGAGGUGAACCAGAAGAUUCGAGAAAGUGUAAGAUAUGUCAAAAGUUCAAGAGAAAUCCAGCUCAAGUUCAACGAGAUUGUUCAGCAAGUUGGUAUGGAUGGUCAGAAAAACUUAGUUCUUGAUGCCCCAUCGCGGUGGAACUCGACAUACUAUAUGCUCGAGACAGCCCUAGAAUACAAGACUUCAUUUUGCUUCUUGCAACAACAUGACCCAGGCUACACUACAGUUUUAACGGAGACUGAGUGGGAAUGGGCGAGUUCUAUUACUGGUUAUUUGAAACUGUUUGUGGAGAUUACCAAUGUUUUCUCUGGAAGCAAACCUCUGACAGCCAACAUGUAUUUCCCCGAGAUAUGUGAUGUUCACAUCCAACUAAUUGAAUGGUGCAAAAAUUCAGAUGGCUAUCUUAGUUGCAUUGCUUCUAAGAUGAAAGCCAAGUUUGAUAGGUACUGGAGCAAAUGCAGUUUGGCUUUGGCAGUUGCUGCAAUCUUAGACCCUCGGUUCAAGAUGAAACUGGUGGAGUACUAUUACUCUCAGAUUUAUGGUAGCACAGCCCUGGAUCGAAUCAAGGAGGUCGCGGAUGGUAUAAGGGAACUUUUUAAUGCAUACUCUAUCUGUUCAACAUUGGUUGACCAAGGCUCAACUCUUCCUGGAAGUAGCAUGCCAGGCACUUGCACCAAUAUUAGCAGAGAUAGAUUAAAGGGCUUUGACGAAUACCUGCAUGAGACGUCUCAAAGCCAGAGUUCUGUAUCCGACCUGGACAAAUAUUUAGAAGAACCGGUGAUUCCUCGUAACCAUGAUUUCAACAUUUUGAACUGGUGGAUGGCCCAUACACCAAGAUACCCUAUCUUGUCUAUGAUGGCAAGGGAUGUUCUGGGCACUCCAAUGUCAAAUGUCUCACCCGACAUGGUGUUCAGCACCGAAAGAAGGAUGCUCGAUGGUUACAGAAGCUCGCUAAGUGCAGACACUCUGCAGGCUUUGAUAUGUGCUCGUGAUUGGUUGCAUAUUGAACCAGAAGAUCACGCGUCGUCCUCUUCCCUCGCUGUCUGCAUUGAAUCAAGCUAAUCAGUCGGCAGUAUGCUUCCUCCUGCGCUCUCUUCCUCUUGUGUAUGGUAAAGAAAUUGCUGUGAGCUGACAUCUGAUUGGUCUUCUAGGCAUCCUACAUCCUUUUCAAAUAUGUGUAUUCAUGUCCAUAUUCAAUAAACCAAAGCUUCCUAGAUGAGUCGUUUCUUCUUCUGUAUCAGAUGCUUGAAAGUAUUGUUAAUUUUAAAGCUGCUCCCCUCGCUUUAGGCAUGUAAAUAAAGAACCUUUUUAGGUCACUUGAAUUGCCUUUUGCAUCUAUUCUUCUUUUCUCGCUUUGCUCCUGUUCUUGUACAUUUGACGCGAAAGAGAUCCAUUGAGCAUUGGGAGAGGGUCUUUUAUUUCAUACUUUUGAUCUAAAAAAGGAACCUUUGGAAAAGGUGUCCUGUUUUGUUUUCUUUUUCGCUUGAGUUGGCUUUUGCAUCUAUUCCCGCUUCGCUAUGGACUCGAUUUCUUAGCACUAUCACAGACUCGAUUGACGUAAAAGAGAUCAAUUGGGCGGUUUUGUAUUGUAAUUUUGAUCUCCAAAAGGAACUUUUGGCAAAGGUGUUUUGUCCUUUCCUCAGCUUGGUCUUAUGAUAAUAUCAACGAGUGAUGAGUUCUUGUUCUGGUACAUACAAGAAUGUUUGAUGAUGUGGCAAGCCUUGUUGGCAGGUCGAGCAUCCUCUUCCCUCUUCUCUUGCACACACACAGAGCAAGCUUUAGAUGGUGGUCGAUGCUUUUCUAAUCGUCAAAUUAUGUCUUGACAGUUAGAAAAACACACGAGAUUCACAUAUGAUAGUUGUUGAUUUUAUGCCGCUUGUUCUGCUGCAGCUGGCAUAUAUAGAGGAAAGAUGGCAAUCCUCUGUCCCCUCUUAAGUUGCCAUACUAAAGUUCUAAAUCUAAUGCACACAUAUUCGUUUAAUUAAGUUGUCUGAACAAUCUCAUAAUUUUCUCAUCUCUUACAAAACAACAAUCAAUCGAUUUGGUACACCCACCCGCAUGAUCUGAGCAAUCUCUAGAGUAUACCAAUUGUAGCCAAGGCUAAGCAUUCUAGUCGCUAAAGUAAGGAUAUGCAAUCUUGAGAAAUAAAGGCUCUCAAAGGGAUGGGACUACUGGACUGGAUUCCCACCGAAUAUCUCACUUUUGCAGAUAAAGUAUGCAACUUUGAGGUGCGGAAUGCAAUGCAGUGCACUGCAGUGCAGAAGAGAUUUACUAGUAUCUCCUUAGGGCCCAUGCGUUUAGGCUGAUUUUGAACCCACUCGUCUAGUAGAAUAGUACCAAGUUGAACGAAUAACGUUAACUUGGAGAUCAAAUUAGCAUGUAUACAUGUCUUUCAGAUACCAUUAUCUCAUGAGACUCGACAUGCAAAUGUACCAGGUGUCCUAAUUCCGUAUGAAAGAAAACUAUCCGAUAAUUCGAUAAAGUCAGAAUAACGUGAAAUCAAAGUAAUAUUUGUUAGGUUCACUAUAUCAAAAUUUCAGGUUGGCUUCCACGGUUUUAUAUAUAUGAAAUCGGAGAAAACCAACUUUUUUUUUUACCACCAUUCAUUGAUAUGAAAUGUCAUUCAACAAACAUUUGGCAUUUGA